UACAACAUUCAAAACCGAUGAAUGCCAAGUCUGUGUGGCAGGUGCCAUACCCUAACUGCCUUGUCAAUGCUGAAGAAUUGUUUAAUGAUCGGACCAGUUUUGAAUACUAGUACACAAAAGAAACGAUGGUUCGUUAUUUCGCCCCAGAAAUACGGGAACACCUGACGAACGAUGGCGGGAUGUGUGGUUCGCCUCCAUGAGGUGUCCUUUGGGAGUGAUUUAAGCGUUCAGCCCAUCAUAAUCAACUUCCGCCAGCUCUUCCAAACCAGAGAUGCUCCUGCGAUCCUGCCAAUGAUAAAAAACGAAGAUGUUUUGCGGACUGUGGUGGCUUUGCUGGACGCAUCUCUGCCUGAUAUUGGGCCCAGUGAUAUCCACGAAACAGUACAUUGGCAUGGGAUACACACCCUUAUUUUGGCACGGGACCAUGCAGAUGUUUUGGCGGAGUAUAGUGGAAAAAGACCCAAGACCAAAGGAAGAUCUUUGUGGCCGGCAUCCUGUAAAACCACAGAGAUAGCAGAUUCCAUACAUAACCUGCUCACUGACCUGUACAGUGAUUCUGAAGACAGCCAAAAAGAAGAAGAUUCAGAGGAGAGCUUAGAGACAUCCUCAGCAGAAGACAGAGAAUACAGAGAUGGAGAUACAGAAGAUGUGGAGAGAGUCGGGAACGAAGAUAUAGAGGGGUGGUCUUGGGAUCAGUUCCAAGGAGGGCUACAGGAGUUUGUGGAAGAAGUGAGGAAUAGGAGAGAGAGAAGGAAAUUGGAAGGGGAGGAAAAAGAAAUGCCAGCAUCUGCUAUAGGACCUGAAUCUCUGAUCGUGGCUGCCGCUUGCUAUGACUUCAAGACACUGUCUACAGACAGAGUGCUUCAACUUUCUCUUCUGGCUGUUAGGAAACGCUUCUGGAAUCUAGGCUUUGGCAGCUACAUCAUGAUGCUUUUAAAGCAUCAGUCUGUGGUGGGAAAGUAUGACGCGCUUGUGGUCCACGCUAGCAGCAAUGCAGUAGGUUUCUUCAAACGGCACGAGCUCACCGACGACAUCGUCCUCAACGAAAAGUUCAAUGAGCUGAAAGAAGAUUGGAUCAACAGUAUUCUGAUGAGCUACCUGCCACCAUUUACAACAGAUUUAGAGAUGAGAAAUCCUACUUACUCCCCACAUUUUGAAAAGCUGGAGAUGGAUCUUGAUAUAGUACGGGAGCAAGCUCUCUCUGUCUAUCAGCAACAGAUGAUUUGUGUGACCAGACUGAUCAAAGAGGUCAAGACCUUGCACACACAGCUUUACAAUCAACGUGAAGAAGUGAGACGCCUUAAUUCCAAGUUAGAGCAUGAAAGACGAGCUCGGCGUAAAAUUGAGCACAAGUUCUUGUUGUACAAGCUAAAGAACGCAGAACAACUGCUAGACAACAUUGUGUCGGAUUCAGAUGUUCAGGCAAUUGUUAACCAGGAGGAUUCCAGUCCAGGAGAACCAGAACAAGAAGAGCAGGCAGAUGAAUUAUCUAUCCAAACACCAGAGGGCGAUGGAUGCGGGAUGCAGUAAAAAAACCGCUUUAUUUUACUCUAAAAAUGCUCUUGUGAUGAUAAACAUAGCAUUUCAUCUACAUUUAUUUAUUUAUUAACUUUUAGAAAAUUAAUUUAGUAAUGUUUCAAAUGGGUUAGCUGUUUUAGAAGUCUAACUGGUUAAAUAAGUCUAAUAUUGAAUUAUAUUAAGAAUGAUAUAUUUUAAACUUGGAGUUU